AUGCCCCCCGGCCGGCCACCGAAACGGCCUGGUGAGCCGGACGACGUCGACUCUCCUGACAGCAAUAGCCAGGGCAAAUUGAAGCUGCCGCGACUGGACCGUGGCGGCGCACCCAACGACUUCUCGAGCGUCGUCAAGAGCAAGCUGCAGUCCUACACCAGGACAGGCCAAGCAUGCGAUCGCUGUAAAGUGCGGAAGAUCCGUUGCGAUGCCCUGCCUGAGGGCUGCUCCCACUGCCUCAACCAGAACCUCGAAUGUUACGUGACGGAUCGCGUCACCGGCCGAACCGAGCGGAGGGGCUACAUGCAAGAGCUGGAGCGCGAGAAGAUGGAUAUGCUCAACCACAUCCGGGAGCUGGAGAAGUUGCUGGAGGGAAAUGGUAUCGAGGUCAAGCCAUGGAAUUGGUCCGCCUACCCCCAAAACUUCCCUCCCAAUGUCACGUACGACUCUAUAGGCAACCCCGUACAAGAGGCAAGCGCAGCUGGAAAGGAGCAAUGGACUCAGAUGGGGAACUCAGUCUGGGUCAAGAAUCACCAACCCAAAACUCAAUUCUCGAGCAUCUCGCGGUCUACCCUCGAGCCGCGCCCUGCCGACGUCCAUCUCGGCGUCGGUGUGGAUCAGUCCCCCUUAAGUUCUAUCAAGGGCACUGCACUGUCUAUUCUCGGCAGCACCAUAGACAUUGGCUCGUUUGACACGCCAGAUGCCGAUGAACCCGUACCUGGCGCCCAGGCGAAAUCGCCGCUCUACAAUAAGUCGAUACAGGCUUGCCUGCAGUCAAUAACCAAUGUUAAUCCUCAACUCCAUGUCGACUACCCCCCGAAAACCGAUGCCUUCACCUAUGCCGAAUGGUACUUCCUCAUGAUCCAUCCCUUCACUCCCGUCCUCCACAAGCCAAGCUUUAUGAAUCUGCUGGCACGUCUAUAUGAUGAUCCUAGUUUCAAACCCUCGGUUGCUGAGGUGGUUAUGAUCCACAUGGUGUUCGCAUCGAUUUAUCUCCAGUAUGGCAUUCGCAAUCGAGAAAAUCCAGAACAGCGGGUUCGCUUAAACGACUUGUCUAAUCAGCACUAUCACUUUGCCCUGAGCAAAUGGUUUGAUUUGGCCACGUCUCGAACAUUUGCCGACCUGCAGUCCCUGACCAUCAUCGCUCUGCAUACCCGAUGCUUCCCCAAGCCAGACUGCUGUUCCAUGCUCAUCACAUACUGCCUCAGCUUCGCAACGGAGUUGGGCUUGCACCGUGCCGUGAAGAAGCCCGGCGAGGGCACCAACCUAGAGAAUGAGAUGCGCAAGCGCGUCUUCUGGACUAUUCUCUGUAUUGCAGUCACACUCAACGGCCGCACGGGGCGACCAAUGCCCAUUCGCCUCCAGGAGAUCGAUUGCGAUUUCCCCGAGUUGAUACCCGACGAGCUGCUGUCGAAAGACGGAGUUGACACGUCAACGACGGGAAAGUGUAUCUACGAGGUCGGUGUAGCUGGUUUCAAGAUCAGUGCAAUAUUGUUGGACAUAUUUGCCAACCUUUACUGUGCGAGGCGGGACUAUGCAGAUUAUGUCAACAUUGUUGAAGAGCUUGAGGCCCGGAUUAGGAGAUGGGAAGAAGACUUCGCCGAGCUACUCAAAUCAACCGAAAGCGACAAUCCUGUCCUACCGCUCUACGCUGAAGGCAUGAUUCACGUAGUCCAGCUAUGCCUGAGGCACCCUUCAGUUGCUAUGACCAACGACCCCAAAGUCAUGGCCGAAAACACGCGCUCGUGUGAGCAGACAGCCAAGGCCAUGUUGAAUAAUGUUUACCGGUUGUACAAGCUCAAGUCUCUUGACACGACGUGGUAUGCACUUGCAGUCUGGGUGGCGGCGAUAUUUUCUCAGCUAGUGGCGUGUUGGGAGAGGAGACACGAGACUACGCAUGAGGAGGUGGAGGAAUUGCGGUUUGACAUGAACAAAUGGCUUGCCAUCUUAGCUGAAGGUGGCAGUCUCAUGGGAUCUGGUUCAGGCCCGAGGGAUGCCGUGAGUGUUAUUGUGGACCGUACCAUUGCAUGGAUUGAGCGCGAUCGACAGCAACCAAAGCUCACUGCUCCAGUGCCUCAAGUUUCACAGGACAUGCUAAAGCAAUCCCCGCAGCCAUCGUCGUACGCCACUCUCGCCAAUGCCCCUGGCAACGCGACUGCCAGUCAUAACGGUGCCGACAGCGGCAGUGCGCCCGCUCCAGGGCCUCCGCGCAACAGCAGCAACACCAAUAGCUAUUACACAGAAACAGGUCCAGAGCCUGCCACAUACCCUCUACCUUACAGCGACCCAAACGCAAACCCCGCCAACAAUCUCCCCUACGACCCCAACACCGAAAACCAAUACAACCUGUACGCGCAAGCAGCAAGCCAAGUGCCCACUGCCCACAUGCAGGCAGCUCCCGAACCACAAGCCCCAGCCCAGACCCAGGCACAACCGCAGACCCAAGUCCCAGACCACAACAACCCCCUAUCCACUUUCGCGGCGCAGGCCACCCAAAUGGCCCAGCCCGACAUGACGUCCUUGUGGCGCCAGCCAGCUCCCGGGACAACGUCCUCAAGUGGCGGGAAUACUUGGCAGGACUGGACGGCCGCUGUGGUCGAUAACCAGGACCGGUAUAGCGCCAACGCCCUCAUGUCACUCGGAGGGUCGAACCGGCCUGCGGUAAAUGUGACAGAGGGGGCUGAAGGGAUGGGUAUGGGAGUCAAUGGGGGCUCCAUGAAUGUGAAUGGGGUUAAUGGGGCGCCGGUGACGACCUCAUCGGCAAACAUGCAGUGGCCAUUGUUGAUCUUUCAUGAUGAGACGGAUGUAGGGAAUGCCUGA